UCAGUUACUUUAUAAAAAGAAAGUAAAUUCACUUUUCGCUUAACAAGUCAGUCACAAUGGAGCAUCUUGUAACAUGUAUUGGUAGUACUUUAAUGUUAAAGAAUAUACACAAAAUAUUUCUACUUACGUGCAUUGGCUUUAUGGUGAAGUAUAUAUGUACUGAAUAUAUCGAAUUUGGCAGCAAUAUAGUUGUUCAUAAAGCAAUGAGGUACCGAUGUAAUUAUUGAUAAGUGUAUUGGAUGUGAGCAUUAUUACUUUUGUCUUAUGAACCAAAAAGUUCAUUUCAUUAACUUGCAUUUAAAUUUUCUGUGUUAAACUUUA